AUGCGCUGGUGGCUGUGGGGUCGCGACCUCAUCCCAAAUUAUAUAAGCGACAGAGAGCUCAGGAGGCUUCAGUUGCCUAGCCUGCUGGCAGCUCUGCUGCCCCCAGCUGCCUCGCUUGAAGACCAAGGAGGCAGUGGCAGCAGCACUGCAAACUCAUUGCCAGUGCAGCAGCAAGCUCUUGUAAUAAGGGGUGCAGCUUCCCUGGUGCUGCAACAAUGGUUACUCCUAGCUACCGAAGCAGCGUUGCUGUUGAGGCGCCUUUUACAGCCAGAGAAGCAGCAUCGGCGCAGCAGCAACCACCCAGACCAUGAGCAGCUACUCGGGAGAGAGCAGCAGCGCGACGCAAGAAGGAAGAGGGUGCGGACUGCUGAGGUAGACAAGGGAGAAGGUGAAGAGGUGCAAGUGGACAUGGAGGAUGCAGCAGAGGCCAUGUGGGAGAAAGCAGCGCUGCAGCUGCAACAGCAGCAACCACACGGCGAAGAAGAGUCGCAGCAAAGGCUGAAAAGACUCGGCAGCGUCUUUGCGAGCCACCUUCAAGAAGCUGAGUCCAGUGUUAGAGCCAAUCGAGAGAGCGCUGGUCUGCUGCUGCAGCGGGGUGCCCCUGACCUCUUUAGCGCCUGCUGGGCGGCUGUGGCUACACCGCUGCGUUCUGGAAGUACGCGCCCUGGGGAAAGGCAGCAUCAAGUAGGCUCGCACGAAAGGGCUCUAGCCGCAGCAGGAGAUGCAAACGCUCCGGGCAUGUCGUGGAGGCGCUGGGCGUUCGGAGAGUCCGGCUCUAAUCUCCCUCUCCACUCUGCAGCAGUAGCUUCGAGUGCCGCAGCAGCCGCAGGGACCAACAGUGCUGCUGUAGCUGCAGGGGACCUUGCCGGUGAUGCCGAUAUUGAGUCCGCGGACUUUGGAGACAUGUGGGGCCCCCUUCCAGAGGAAGUGAGCGAAGAGCAACAGGACUACGAGGGACUACAGCAGAACCAGCAGAAAGGACAACUUGAGGACGCGACCGAAGGCAUCUGGACCUCCCCAAAAGCCCCUCGUAGAAAGGGAGGCCACGGAGUGCAGAUGGACUCUAGCAUAUCUCGAGCAACAGCGAAAGGUCGCAGUGAAGGCGAGAAGGCGUUUCCUUAUCUACUGAGAAACAAUUCGACGACUUUGGAUGCACCAAAGCUCUGCCAUGCUGCAACUUACUUGGUAGCAGCGACCGCGGACGUUCAUGAGCUAUACGCGCUCCAUCCCGUUUCGUGCCUCUACCGAGGGCUACAACAGCAACUGCUUCUAUGGAAACGCAAAUCAGCAUGGGGCUUUCAAAACCCAGCAGCAGCAGCGGUGGCAGCACAUAGCCGUGGCCCCGCUGCAAAUAGGCAUUCGAAAAAAGUGUCUUCUGAGCCCUUAUAUGGUGUUUCAGCUGUAGUUUCAAAAGCUGAUGGCGACAAGCAAACCGGCCAAAGCACUGAGGGCUUGGCCCCAUGGCAGCGAGGAGGCUUGGAGGGCGACUUUACACUAUACACAGACGCCGAGCUACAGCAGCAGCAGCAGCAGCAGCAGGACGGCAGCAAAGACAUACGCCGAAGCGGUGAUCUCCUAGGCAGCGGUGAGUACGUGGAAGUGCUACGAGGCAUCUUUGACAGCAGCAGCAUGCAGCAAAGGGCCACACAAACUCGGCUGACCCAACUUCCAAGAGAAUCCGAGGCAUCAAGCACUUCGCGGCUGGGAAGCAGCAGGAGGGCAAGUGGGCUAAGUGUGCCUUCCUCUGAGGCGUCUCUGGAAGCCUUAGCGUUUGGGGAGUUUCCCGAGUUCGACGGUUGUGGCACUGAAUUUAGUAACGAUGAACAGCAGCAGCAGCAACAUCAGAGAGACCUUAAUGAAGCCCACAGCACAGCGAUUGCUUCCCUCAGGCUUAGAGAGCUGUUGCAGCAAUUCGCUCUUACACAUCCUAACGUCUCAGAGAAUCUGCUUGCCGACGGGGUGUCCCAGCAGCCGCAGCAGCAUCCACGACAGCGGCAACAGGAGUCUACGAUUCCCUUAAGCAGGCUUCUUCCCAGAGGCCGCGUUGAUCCCCGCACUGCCUGUUGCACGUUUUCGCACUUGCUGCUGCUACACACGCAUGGCUCUAUAAAGCUGGAGCAGCAGCCUCAGGUUCUCUCCAUGCCGUCCAAUAAGCCCUACGCUGACCUGUACGUGCAUAUAACAUGCCAGUGGGAUCGAACAAGUGCGACAGGGGAGGCACAACAACCCUGCGAAGAGCAACAGAGCAAGCAGCAGAACCAGCAGCGGCAAGAGGCGCCUGAUUACCUCGGUAAUGACGAGGAGGAGCAGCCGGGGCAAAAGCAGCACGAUGAACACACAACACGACAGGAAACACUCAAUGGCAUGCCAUCUAACUCAGAAGAGGUGUCCAAUGCGCAUGAGAGCAGCAACACUUCCUCUUCUGGUCAGCAACAUGAGGACAAACAACAGCCACAACAGCAGCACCAAAAGCGGAUUGCUUCAAAACCCACAAAUACGGGCGUCAGGACCGAAAAAGGUCGUGCGGUUCUUAGGACUGCCUAG